UGUCUAUUUGCAGAAUGCUGCAUCUCAGUGUGGAUUUAGUGGGGAUGGCAGGGAAUCCCUCAGAGUUUGUGUUGCUUUCCUGAUCUAUACUGCUCACUGAAACAGCCUCAGGAAACUGAAUAAGCCCUUCAAUUGUAUAGUCCCAAAAAGAAGUCCUGCAGAGUCAGCAUUAUGGGGCUCCACAGAGUGCUUCUUUUGACUGCCAUCUUGUUUAUUGUUUCUGAUGGUGACUGCAAGAACUGCAAAGGUCCCAACUGUAUGUCAUGGAAGCUUUUGCAAGACAUGCACCGCAUGAUGGUCAUGCCCACCACUGGAAUGUCAACCAGCCCCACCACCACCACCACCACCACCACCACCACCACCAAAAGACUCACCAAACCAUGGAACAUUCCCAGGAUAAGGAUGCUGCUGGAUAGGCAACUACACAGAAACAUUCCCAAUGGAAUAGAGCAACCAGAACACUUACCUGCUCAAGUGGAGCCUGGAGUGUUCAGGAUCUACCCUGCUGGGCAGACCAAGCCUCCCAAGGACAAUUUGUACAACCAUAAACCCUUGGAGUCUAUUGAUGAAGACUUUUACCAGGUUGAAUGAUCCCUAUCAUAUGUUUAGCACCACUAUAUGCAGAUGAGCACACCCAGCAUUUCCUGGAUAAGAAACAUGGUUAUCCUGAAAGUGGCAUCACUGGAUCAGGAUUGGACACUGGCAGUUUUUGCUGCUGCCACUAAUGGAGCAAAACACAGUCAGUGCCACAUCAACUACUUGCUGUACCAAGCCCAGUUCACCACCACAGCAAGCACUACCAGGGCCAGCACCCCUCCAAUGCCCAUCACCACUCCAGCUCCUGUGAGACAACCUGCAAAGAAACCACAAAGCCAUAGGAUGGUGGGCUUGCUUGAUGGUCUCAUCAAGAGGAUGAGGAAAGUGGUGGACAUGCACCACAGACAACAAGCAUAUCCUGAAAUUGAGGAUUAUGGCAACCUGGAUGGAGAUUACUUAGAAUUGACCAGACCUGCAAAGGCAAAGGCAAGAGCAAGGGCCAGGAUCCUCAGAGGCUUGACACUGUGUCCUCAACUUUAUGAUGAUGAAUGA